AUGGCAGCACAAGUGAGCCAUGAUGUACAGCCCCCAGCCGGUGCUCCCAAUGGCGAUCGCCAGCACCGGGAGAGCUUUCUUGUUCGUCUGCCAUCCAGAUCCAUAAGCAAGACAGAUGCCGCGAAUGGCACCUCCCAGCACCCCUUCACACCCAUGCAAAAUGGCAGCGCAACGCCCUUUGGCAGUAGCAAUCCCACCACGCCACUGUAUGAGGUGAUCCACGCACACGAUCCCACUGCUCGUCCGAGCAUGCUGGAGCGCCAGCCCACAUCGUCGGUCGAGAACCUCGUGAGUAUGGAAGACCGACAACAAGCCAUUGCCAAGCUGGGCAUUCACGACACUUCGGUCGAGGCCGUCAUGCCCGUCUUGCCGGGCCAGGAGUUCCAUCUCGCGAGCUGGCUCACCAGCGGCCGUACCCUGGCCGAGCCUACGUGGGCUUUCCGCACCAAGGUUCCUGUCGAUGAGCAUCGGCUACGCGGUGCGUGGGCGGUGCUUCGUCGUCGCCACCCCAUUAUGCGCUCCACGCUAGUGGCCGUGCGACCAGACGAGGCCUUUACUGUGGUGCUGCGCCAAAGUAGUGGUGCUAGCAACUACGCCACUUUCUCAAAGGCCAAGCACCGCGAGGGCACGCUCGAGGAGCAAGUCAAGAAGGAACUCAAGAAGAUUGCAAACCAACCGUCUUCCCUCAAGACGCCGCCCACGAGGCUGACCCUUGUACAAGGCGAUGUACAGGAGGGCGAUGCCGUCUUGAUUACAAUCCACCAUGCGGCCUGUGACACGCGCAGCAUGGGCCUCUUGGUUCAUGAGCUCACAGAGCUGUACCAGGGCAAGCCGGUUGUAUCCAAAGCACCGUCUUUCAGGAACUUUGUCAAGGAGACUCUAUUCACUCACGACCGAGAUGCUGAGGAGGAGUUCUGGAAGGAUAGUCUACGGGAUUGCGAAGAGACCAUUGUGAAGCCAGAAACCGAUGGCGAAGGCAACCCUCUCAAGAAGAACGAGAUUGUGGUUACCGGAACCAAGACCAAGACUUCUGAGCUCGAGACAGCAGCCACCAUCGCUGGCGUAACGCCGCCUACCGUCAUCUAUCUUGCCUUCAGUCACAUCCUGGCCGAAAAGACUGGCGCAAAGCGUCCUGUUUUUGGAUGUUUCCAUGGUGGCCGGCAAUCUCUUGACAAUGUUGAUAGGAUUGAAGAUCUUGUUGGCCCCUGUUCCACCAUGCUGCCGACCACCAUUCCAGAAGAUGUCGAUGUGUCCCAUGAGCUCAACGGCAGCAGGUCUGAGCUGAUUCAAUCACUUCAGUCGGUUCACGAGCACCUAAAUGCCCAGGUGCCUUAUGAACAAUCUCGCCUUCGCGAUGUGCUACGCUGGGCCGAGGUUGGCGAGAGCGUUCCGUUCAACACGUACUUGAACAUCUUGUGGAACACCAAACUUCGAGGCGCAUCACAGGGAGCAUCGCCAGCCACCACGCCACCAGUCGAUGACAACCAACCUUGGGAGCGAAUGGACCUGGGUAUGCGCACUGAAUACAGUGCCGCCGCCGCCAUCCCCGGCCCCACGACUGUUGACGUUCUUGACGCUAGUUCGGUUAUGAGAAAACACAACGUCUUUGUAGAUGUUGGCUGCGACCUGGAGGAAGUUGGAGGAGGUGUUCUGGAGAUUCGGCUCAGCGCGAACGAGGUGUUGUUGACUCUUCCGGACCUGGAAGCUUUGGCUCACCAGAUUGACAACGAGGUUGCCGAUCUGACUGAGUGCUUGUUGUCGUAA